GGUGUUUAGGGUGACAAGUAAAUAGGUUAACUUUUUAUUUGGGUCAAAAACGAAAAGUUUACAUAAAUAUCUAAGUAUUUCUUUAAAAAAUAAUGAUCCGAGUGAAUUGAACACAUUUUGUUCUAUUAUUAGUUUAUGAAUACCAGAUGUGAUACAACAUAAACUAUGGAAAUAGAGCGGACCGGGAAUAAAUUAAGUUGGUCAGAGCUUAAGGCCGUCGUAAGCGACUUAAGACGACAAUUGUCAAGUCUAUCUACUAUGAUCCCCACAGCAGUUUCAUUCCGUACUUUACAAGAUGGAAGAACUCGAAUUUAUUUUCUAAGUACCCCUCAAAACGGCUGGGAAACCACUUUACUAUAUGCAGACGUGCCCAAUGUGAACCAACCCACUAGUCUGCGCUUACAGUGGCAAUGCGUAAUUGAAUCAAAUUUCCCAAGUCUGUCAUCUACAAAUAAGUUUUCACGAGAGGAACAAUUACUUUGGGAAAGAAAACGGUUGGCUACUUGGGGUAUCAACACCUACGAAAUUCAUAGUGAAUCAGGGAAAAUCAUCUUUCCCGCUUCCAGUAGUCUUUUCCAGUGUAUUGAUAAUGGAUACUCAAACGGUCCUCUAUUUCCCACCAAAUUACGAAUGACUUCAGCUGGAGCUAAACUAAAUCCUCAAAUUUGCCCUUCAAACCCUGAUCUCGUAGCAUAUAUUUGUAAUCAUGAUAUUUGGGUCACCCAUACCGUUUCUGGGUCUAAUGUUCGAUUGACGUACGCCCAUAAAGGGGGCAGAUACCUUGCGGAUGACCCGUUGUGUGCAGGAGUACCCUCGUAUGUCAUGCAAGAGGAGUUUUGCAGGUACCAAGGGUACUGGUGGCAACCAAUAUGUACAGGGGGUGUUUAUCGAAUUUUAUAUGAGGAAGUUGAUGAUGGUGAUGUAAAAAUCUUUUGUUUUCCCUCAUCUCAGUCAGACACCGGCGAAGUAGAAGAGUUCCGUUUUCCUCGUGCCGGUUGUGCAAACUCAAAGUCGUAUUUAAAAAUGGUCGAAUUUAAAGUAAACGAGCAUCGUCAGAUCGUAGAUAUUUGUAUGUUAGAAUUACAGUUUUCUUUAUCAAUGUUAUUCCCUUGGAUGGAGUACAUUGUUAGAGUUGGUUGGACGCCGGACUCCGAAUAUAUUUGGGUACAGUUGCUCGACAGACGUCAACAAAAACUCGAAUUGGUUCUCCUUUCUUUAAGUAACUUUACCGAAGUGCUUCCAAUGUAUGAGGACUCCCCCAAUGUUCAAUUCGGUCGUCCCGUAGUCCAAGUAAUCUAUUCGCAAGAAUCGAGUAUAUGGGUCAAUGUGCAUGACCUACUGUGUUUUUUGCCGUCCACUGAUCACAAUAACGAAGUGCAAUUUAUAUGGGCUUCGGAAGACACAGGUUUUCGACAUUUGUAUUUAAUCACGUCGAGGAUUAUACCUUACAGUAAUGGAGUCACCGAAAGUACAGAACCGAUGCAUUAUAUAUUUUUACAACCGAAAAUCAUAACCAAAGUCGCUUUAACGUCAGGCGAUUGGGAAGUUUUAGCACAAAAUAUUUGGGUCGAUUACGAGAGACAGUUGGUUUAUUUCAUGGGGCUCAAAGAGACACCGUUGGAAAAACAUUUAUACGUCGUGUCUUUAAGGAGACCGGGAGAAGUCAGAUUGCUAACUAGGCCAGGUUUUUCCUAUUCCGUUGAUUUCAAUGAGGACUGCACAAUGAUCGUCACCGUUUAUAGCAACAUCCAGAAACCUCCAGCUUGUCAAGUCUUCCGGAUAUCUCACACGGAUUGGACCGUUGAAGGUGUUACUCUAACUCCAAUUGGUUACUUGCUAGAAUCGAGCUCUUUAGCCAAUGAUAAUUAUUGCCCAGAAUUAUACACUCACGAAAUAUCAUCUGGUAAUGUUUUGUACGCUAUGGUCUUCAAGCCCCAUCAUUUUGAACCAGGGAAGAAGUACCCAACGGUGCUAAAUAUUUACGGAGGCCCAGAAGUCCAGCUUGUCUCAAACUCGUUCAAAGGAAUGAGACAGUUGAGGAUGCACAUGUUGGCAGCUAGGGGCUACUGUGUCAUAUCAAUCGAUUCUAGAGGUUCCCAACAUCGAGGUUUGUUGUUUGAGAGUCACAUUAAAAGAAGGAUGGGGACUGUGGAACUGGAUGAUCAAGUUGAAGUAUUAAAAUGGUUGGCCGAAAAUUUAGAUUUUAUUGAUUUGAAUCGUGUUGCAAUACAUGGGUGGUCUUAUGGUGGUUAUUUAAGCCUGAUGGGUCUGAUUCACUAUUCAGACAUUUUUAAAAUUGCGAUAGCAGGAGCUCCAGUUACUAAUUGGAAUCUGUAUGAUACAGGUUAUACCGAGCGAUAUAUGGAUUUGCCUGAGCACAAUCCUCAAGGAUAUAUGGAGGGAUCAGUCUUGAAUUACAUUAAUAAGUUUCCAGAAGAGGAAAACCGGCUGCUAAUAAUCCACGGCCUUAUUGACGAAAACGUUCAUUUUUAUCACACGAGUCAGUUGAUCAACAGUAUGGUAAAGGCAGGUAAACCCUACCAAUUGCAAAUCUACCCCAAUGAGAGGCACUCAUUACGACACAUUGAUGCGAGUAAACAUUAUGAAACAACCUUGCUGUCCUUCCUUCAAAAUCACUUAUAAUUCGUUUGCGUUGUUAAUAGUCAACCAGUAUUAAAAAAAAUAAAAGCCGAUUAGAGAAUUCAACAAAGUGUAUUUCAUAAAAUCUUAGUGAGACAAUUUGUUUCUUGUAUGUUAUAUGUGGAUUGAAGUCAGCUUUGUAACAAGUUUUAAACGCAAUUGUAAAUAAUUCUACUUAAUAUCACAAUACUACCUAGUAAGGCUUUUUAAUUCAAUUGUAUAAACUAAAUUAUUUAUAUGAAUUUCUAAAAAUUAAAGCAACUGUUUUUACCGUUAUAAAACUUUUAUUUAUAC